AUGCUCCCUCUCUAUCUCUCUUGCUCAUUUCCUCUUCUUUUCUCAUUCAUUCUUAUUUUCUACAUCUUUCCCCCUGUAUAUCUCACUUACUCUCUCUGUUUUUGUCUCUUGGCCUCUCUCGUUCUAUAUUUCACUCUCUUUCUUCUCCACCCUUUUCUCUCAUUUUCUUCUUUCCUCACUUCACUUACAUCUGGAUUUGGGAUCAUACCUGUGUCUCCACACCCUAAACAUAAAGAAUCUCCAGAAAUAAACAUCAAACUGACACCUGAGGAAAUGUGUUUACAUUCAGAAAUUACAUCAGUGCAGCAGAAGCUUUACCACUGGACCACAACCAUAGAUGCAAUUUUCAAUGACAUGGCCGACAUAAUGGAGGUGCCUGAUGAUUGUCUUUCAUAUUUGCAAAAUUCAGCUUCCAGCAGCAAUGGAACACCUGCUCAGGUUGAUGAGAUGACAUCAAAGGAUUAUUACUUUGAUUCAUAUGCUCACUUUGGCAUCCAUGAAGAAAUGUUAAAGGAUGAAGUACGUACACUGACAUACCGCAACUCCAUGUAUCACAACAAACAUUUGUUUAAAGGGAAAGUGGUGCUUGAUGUUGGGUGUGGAACUGGAAUCCUGAGUAUGUUUGCUGCCAAAGCCGGAGCCAGUAAAGUUAUCGGGAUUGAAUGUUCCAGUAUCAUUGACUAUGGACAGAAAAUCAUUGAAAACAAUCACAUGGAUAAUGUUAUCACACUUGUCCGUGGCAAAGUUGAAGAGGUUGAAUUGCCAGAUGGCAUUGAAAAAGUUGACAUUAUCAUCAGUGAAUGGAUGGGUUACUGCUUAUUCUAUGAAUCCAUGCUGAAAACUGUGCUUUAUGCAAGAGAUAAGUGGUUGAAACCAGGAGGCCUGAUAUUCCCUGAUCGGGCUACACUCUAUAUCUGUGCUAUAGAAGAUAGACAGUACAAGGAUGAAAAGAUAAAUUGGUGGGAGAAUGUCUACGGCUUUGACAUGAGUGUAAUUAGAGAUGUGGCCAUUGCAGAACCUUUGGUAGAUGUGGUUGAUCCAAAACAAGUGGUCACUAACUCUUGUCUAGUCAAAGAAGUUGACAUCUACACCGUUAAGGAAGAGGACUUGACCUACACAGCACCGUUCCACUUACAGUGUAGAAAGAAUGACUAUAUUCAUGCUUUGGUCUGCUUUUUCAAUAUUGAAUUCACCAAAUGCCACAAACGGACUGGUUUCUCAACAGCACCAGAGUCCAGGUAUACUCACUGGAAGCAGACUGUAUUCUAUGUGAAGGAAUACUUGACAGUAAAGAAAGGUGAAGAAAUAUUUGGGACCUUCAGAAUGCAACCUAAUAAAAAGAAUAAUCGUGACUUGGAUUUCACAGUUGAAUUAGACUUCAAGGGAGAACUUUCUGAAAUGUCAGAAUGCCUACAAUAUAAAAUGAGAUAG